ACCCAGGGGGUCGUCAUUAAAGCCACACUAUGUUGUUAGGUUAACGAGUGAGGAUUUUGUUUAAUAGUUGCAUGCUAUACAAACCGAGACAUAGUCUAAAGCAUGUUUUCAGCUAAAUAUUUUCAAGUUUCACUAUAGUGGUAGAUAUGAAUGAUCGCGUAAAUUGAAAAACCUCAAAACCCUCAUUCAUUCCUUCAUUAAAUGACCCUUCAGUCAGUUAGAGCAUUCAAUGCAUACCCAUUCCCCAGUCCGUCUCUUAUGGCAGUUUUCAGCUUAAUUUCAGGUUAAUAAUACCAGUUGUCACAUGUUCAUUUGGCAUGACAAGCACACUCAGAGGACACCAUGACACCAUCUUCCAUGAGUGACAGGGAGGCACAGAGUCCACCCUGCCUUAAAAUACAGACUCAAGGUGCCUUCCCCCUGCUCCCUCCUCCCAUAUAAGGGUGGAGACAAUGGGCCGGUGGGCUGGGCAGCCGGCCAUGAAGGUUGCGUGCACCUGUGUUGCGCUGCUCUGGGUCAUAUCAAACGUCAGAAUCCAGGGAUCUAUUUUAGUUAACCACUCAGAUGCGAUCUCAGGGCCAGGGGCAAUAACGAUCUCAGGGCCAGGGGCAAUAACAUUUCACCGGGGGUUUCCUGCCCACUGUCACUGUCAGACCCUCUGCACUUCGUGAUUCAUCUGCAGGAGAAACAGACCAUUCGCAAUAAGCCAACAUGUCUGAGGCAAUGCCGAAACCCAAGUCCAAGAUUUCAGCCUCGCGCAGGCUGUUUCUAAAGAUCCAAAUUCUGAAGAAAGGUACUUCUAUGCUGGCUGCUGAGAAAGAGGAGAAGAAACGAGAGCGAGAGAACACGCUGAAUGAGAGACUCCCGCCACUCAAACUGUCAGGUCUGUCUGUGCAGGACCUGCAGAACCUGUGUAAAGAGAUGCACCAGAAGACUGACGUGGUCGAUGAAGAACGAUACGACCUUAAUCUCAAAGUUUCCAAAAAUGAAAAAGAGAUUGAGAACCUGGCCCAUAAGAUCUUUGAGCUGAAGGGUAAAAUGAAGAGGCCGGCGUUGAAGAGAGUGAAGAUCUCAGCCGACGCCAUGCUAGGGGCUCUGUUUGGAGCCAAGGUCAAGGAGUCGGUGGACUUUAAGGCCAAUCUGAAGACCGUGAAGAAAGAGGAGGAGAAGAAAGAGGAGGUGACUGACUGGCGUAAGAACGUGGAGGCCAUGUCUGGCAUGGAGGGCAGGAAGAAGCUGUUCGACGCAGGUGGGCAGUAGCAGGUCGGACAAAACCAGUGUCUCCAAAAGCAUUGAGCAAACAUUAAGCAAACAUUGAGCAAACAUUUGUACAAAUGUCACUGUACAACCGUAGAAGGACUUACUGCACAACGAGCUGAAAUUAUUACAGUCUGAUUGUCUGAUAAUAGUUUCUUACUUAACAUCUUUUGUAUGUUUUAUGUGGAUUGGAGUUUUAAUUUCUGUCAUGUUAGCAUAUAUUGCGUGACAUUGCUGAUUUGAUUGCAAGACUACUAAACAUUACAUAUUGGAAGAAAAUUGUCUAUGAAAGAUUCAUAGACUGAGGAAUGUGAGUGUGUGCCUGUAGAGUGUGUGCCUGUGGAUCCAGCUAGCUUAGCAACUGUGGGUGUCAUGUCAUCACAAAAUGUGCAUAAGUACAAAUAUCCCUUUAGAGCAAUCUUAUCAGUAUGUUGUUGUCAUAUAUGUUGUCAUACGUAUGAUGUUCCUCAUUCAUGUAAAUGAGUUUUGCACUGGAAUAAACUGGAUGACCAUUCAAA